CAUUCGCAACUUAGCAACGGCCGCAGCAGCGAGAGAAGUAAAGCAAAGCAAAGCAAAGCAAAGAACCAUAUUUGUCUCCUGACCUUUGCAUUCAAAUCAACUACAACAACAAACAACAAAGUUUGGAAGAGUUAACUUCUUGCCUAACCCGCUUUUUUACUAGACAAAGGACGUGGAGCUCACUGUGAAUAAGUGACAGCUUAAUCUUGAUGGCAUCGAAGUUGCGUCAGCUGCAAUCUAAGGCAUCUCAAGCAUCACAAUUUCUGAGCAAGCAUGGAUCUGUUUACUAUAAGCAGUUGUUGGAGGAGAACAAGCAAUAUAUUCAGGAGCCACCCACAGUUGAGAAAUGCAAUGUCCUGGCAAAGCAAUUGUUUUACACUCGGCUUGCAAGUAUUCCCGGUCGAUACGAGUCGUUCUGGAAGGAAGUUGAUUAUGUGAAGCAUAUAUGGAAGAACAGGCAAGAAUUGAAGGUGGAAGAUGCUGGUAUAGCCGCUUUGUUUGGGCUGGAGUGCUUUGCCUGGUUUUGUGCGGGAGAGAUUGUGGGGAGGGGAUUCACUUUCACUGGUUACUAUGUGUGAGAUAACAACCAAUUUGGUGGAAAAUUGUUUCUUAGGGAUUGCAUCUCUGUAAAACCCCUCUUAUCAUUUGCGUGUCUGAACAACUGCGGGAAGUAUGCAUUGCAAAUGCAAUGAAUUUUAUUUUUUGUUUUAUUGCUGGAAAUUUUUGGUAGCUGAGAAAUCGGGGGGAAAACUCGUUGACAGCCUUAAUAAUCAUCCAUGUGUUGUUUUUGUUUUGUGUUGCAACUUGGAAGCUACUGCUGCCACAUCUAAUGGCUGAUAAUACUGCAAAAUUUAUUGCCUUU